GCUUCUGAAGACGUCAAUGCAGCUUUUAUGAACCUCUCAUUCGCCAGAAGCACAGCUGAACACAUUGACGUCAGAUAUGGCAUUUCGGAAGAUUCGUGUCUCGCUCAUCUCAAGCUUCUUCAUGCUAUCCAAGCUAUGAAAGAGGACAUUGGCUACACCGACGGGCUAUGGAACCUCUGGGAUAGCCGUGGCAAAUGGGCAUUGGAUGACCUGCGCGUUGAUGGCGAUUGGCCAAUGAUUCGUCUGCUCGAAAAGACCAAUUCAGCAACUGUGAUGAAGGCUGGCCAUGUUAGAAUUCGCGAGAAGAGAUGGGCGCUGUUUAUUGCUCGUGCGGUCGAACGAUAUGAGACAUGGUGGCAUUCUCUUGCGGAAACUGACAUGCUUACUGAAAAGGACAUGGCGACACCUGAUGACCCCAAGUAUAGAAAGUUUCCAAACGGCCAUAAGCUAAGAUGGAAAGAAAAGAUGCUGCCACCUUUAGAUGUGUUGAUGGUUCUUCAUACGCACAUGCUCAAUCCUCGAGCUUUCCUUGAAGACUCAAUGCGACAUGGAAUGGGCACGUUUUGGCCCGCUGGUAUGCCGUGGGAAUUAAUACACCAGGCCAUCGAUACCGAGUUCAAUUAUAAUGUGUCUGACCAAGCAAAAAUACAUUGGGUCGCCAAGACUGGGCAUCGCUGGCGGAAUCAGGAUGACGACAUGACGAAGAUACUGAAGUGCCCCUUCUGUCCAAGCAAGUACGAAGUUCCAUGGACGACAUGUGGAAUGAAGGAAGAUGUGAAAGAUAUUGAAUUUACUGGUUUGAUCGGUAAUGGCUAUGGAGAUGGCAAGUUUAACCACAGGUGUCCCGAUUGCCAAAACGAAAACUACAAAGAGCUAUUAUCCGUAUCAAAAUUCGUUUCGGAUGCUUCUGCCCUACUUGUUCAAUCUGUGCCGAUGCCAGGCACUAUUCUUGAUCCCGGCAGCGGCCGUCCUGAGCUUGAAAAUAAGGCCCCGGAGCGUUUAAAUAUGAAUGCAGUGAGAAACAUGAUUCAAGAUACUCUAUCCAGUGUCAAGAAGAUCCGAAACAUAGAUUCAGACAAAGGUUUGUUUGCUCGCUAUCAAAUACACGGUUGGGCCGGCAUAACUAUCCGCAAGAUGAUGAGUCGAUACUGGCUGAACUUCUCUCCAUUUGGGCUUGAUCUUUGCGCUGCUAUUAUGCGCCAGGGAGUCUUCAUCGAGAAGAUGGUGAACAUAGAUUGGCUUCACAGCCCGACUGCACGAGAUACCAUGACGCGACUCAUUGUUAAAUACGAACGAUUCGUGCAGAUUAUGAAGAAGCACCCUGGCAAGGUUGUCGUACCGACGUUGGAUAUCGAUCUGGCUUGGCAUACACACCAGCUUAUACCUUCUCAUUAUUACUACUACACAGUUUCGAAAACUGGGAAAUUUGUCGAUCAUGAUGAUAAAAUCGACGAGGACAAGCUUAGUAGAUGCUUUGAAUGGACAACAAAAACAUACCAAGAUAUGUUCGGGGCUGUGUACAGCGAAUGCACAUGCUGGUACUGUGAAAGUGAACUUCUCGGCAUGUCAACCAAUGAGAAGUUAUCAGAAUCCUUUCACAAAUCCGAGGCGGCGGAAACGUUCCCACCAGAUAAAUCCCCCCACAUAUCUUUCCAUAACGCUGUCAACACGGUCGAAACUGCGGAUCGGAGGAGAGUCACCGCGCGGGUGCGUGCUCGACAGCGUCAAUGGCUAGACCAAGAGUACAAAAAGGCAGCAAAGAGGGCAGAAAAGAAGGGCCGCGAGUUCCCACCCAAGGAGGACUAUUUCACUCUUUGGGGUGCUCAGUACACCAUUAAUGGCCCGUAUCCUUUCCAUCCGUGGUUUACUCCUGCGCUAUACUAUGGAUGGGAUCCAUAUACUAUUCAUAACGGCCAAGGAGCUUGGGGGAACUGUGCCGGAGGGACUUGUGGCAACGGGGGUAUAGCAGCAGGCUCUUGCGGCGGUCCCGGUGGAUGCAACAAUGGAAACGGGGGGACAUGCGGAGCAAGUGGUGCUGGAUGCGGCGGUAACGGCGCUGGAGGUGCUGGUGGAGGUGGAGGAGGGGGUUGUGGAGGAGGAGCUGGCUGCGGUAAGUUC